CCAGGGUUGCCAGGGGAGUCCCUGAGCGGUCCUUUCCGACUCCCGGAAGUGGCCGUGAUCUCACGAGAUCCCGGAGGCGAGCGCGACCGGAAGUCCGGUCACUCUCGCGAGGCCCCACGGAGCAGAGCCGGGAGCGCUGCGGAGUGUGGAGGUCGUUGGAGUCACUUGCCUGUCAGCAGCUCCUGUGUCUGCCCGUCGGCGCCCCUCCCGCUCCAGCCAUGCUUUCCGCCCUCGCCCGGCCUGCCAGCGCUGCUCUCCGCCGCAGCUUCAGCACCUCGGCCCAGAACAAUGCUAAAAUAGCCGUGCUAGGGGCCUCUGGAGGCAUCGGGCAGCCACUUUCACUUCUCCUGAAGAACAGCCCCUUGGUGAGCCGCCUGACCCUCUAUGAUAUCGCACACACACCCGGGGUGGCCGCAGAUCUGAGCCACAUCGAGACCAAAGCCGUCGUGAAAGGCUACCUCGGACCUGAACAGCUGCCUGACUGCCUAAAAGGUUGUGAUGUGGUAGUUAUUCCGGCCGGAGUCCCCAGAAAACCAGGCAUGACCCGGGACGACCUGUUUAACACCAAUGCCACGAUUGUGGCCACCCUGGCCGCUGCCUGUGCCCAGCACUGCCCAGAAGCCAUGAUCUGCAUCAUUGCCAAUCCGGUUAACUCCACCAUCCCCAUCACAGCAGAAGUUUUCAAGAAGCACGGAGUGUACAACCCCAGCAAGAUCUUCGGCGUGACGACCCUGGACAUCGUCAGAGCCAACACCUUUGUUGCAGAGCUGAAGGGUUUGGAUCCAGCUCGAGUCAACGUCCCUGUCAUUGGUGGCCAUGCCGGGAAGACCAUCAUCCCCCUGAUCUCUCAGUGCACCCCCAAGGUGGACUUUCCCCAGGACCAGCUGACGGCGCUCACUGGGCGGAUCCAGGAGGCCGGCACGGAGGUGGUCAAGGCUAAAGCCGGAGCAGGCUCCGCCACCCUCUCCAUGGCGUAUGCCGGCGCCCGCUUCGUCUUCUCCCUUGUGGAUGCAAUGAAUGGAAAGGAAGGUGUUGUGGAGUGUUCCUUUGUUAAGUCACAGGAAACAGAAUGUACCUACUUCUCCACACCACUGCUGCUUGGGAAAAAGGGCAUUGAGAAGAACCUGGGCAUUGGCCAAGUCUCCUCUUUUGAGGAGAAGAUGAUCUCGGAUGCCAUUCCCGAGCUGAAGGCCUCCAUCAAGAAGGGGGAAGAUUUCGUGAAGACCCUGAAGUGAGCCGCCGUGACAGGUGGCCAGUUUCCUUAAUUUAUAAAGGCAUCAUGUCACUGCAAAGCUGUUGCAGAUAACCUUUGUAUUUUAAUUUGCUUUGGUGAUGAUUACUGUAUUAACAUCAUCAUGCCUUCCAAAUUGUGGGUGGCUCGAUGGACACAUCAAUAAAAGCCGUCCUUGAUUUUAUUUUUCAAGGUCCCUUCUGUCAGUGCUGUGCUUUCUUCCCUGUGAGAGCUGACUGUAGAGUGUCUGCCACCUCUUCAUUACUAAUCAGAAUUAGAUGAUGUUUAACUGUUAGACUGAAGCGUGACGCUUUCAUCAGUAGCUUCAAGAAAGUCUAAAAUGUUAAUUUGUGGAAUUGGACACAGUAUUCACAGUUUACCUGUACGUGCUCCUCCCGUCCCUUCUGUUGGACCCUUGCAUCGCCGGGGCCUGAUUCCUCUCAGGGGUGGUUCACCCACACAGGGUCAUAGUUCAGCGGUGAACGCCGGGCAGCCGUUUUCUGGCUAAGCAAAUAGCAUGUUUCUCUUUGAGCUUCCUCUGCUGACCUCUGUCCCCCUUGGGAUUUCAUCUUCUGACCAAACCCUGAUGUUCAGUGGCAGAGACAGCCCAUGGCCAGAGCUGUGGGGACACCAGGGUGGGGGUGCGCGUGGACAAACCCCAGCUGCUGUGUCAAGGCUGAGGAUGCCGUGCCGCCAUCAAAAGGGGGUUCCAGGUUUUCCAUCAGUGGCCUAAAGAAGGGACUUCGUCUUACUGAGGAGUGGGGAAUUAAAGAGAUUUGACUCCCUUUAGUGUGGGGGGCAGUCCAUUCCCCAGACGCUGCGGCCUCUGAAGUGGAAACUGAAAGCUGCAUACGUGGGAAGGAGCUUUCUAGCAACAGGCAGUGGCCUUCAGUGGAAGAGGGAGGGCUACAGGUGUGCCCAGUACUUCGAUGUUCAUCUGCCCACAACAGCUUUUUUUUUUUUUUUUCUUCAAAAAAACUAAAGCUGAAAUGGAUUUUAUCAUAAAGGAUCGCAUUGUUUUCUUCUACAAGUAAUACAUGUUCAUUGUGUAAAACCCAAAAAGCAGCUAAAAAAUAAAGCGGGAAAGGAACCACCGG